UUCCUGCACCGAUAAACACCAGCCAGCACGACCGAAGUUGAGGCGCAGGGAAAGCGAGGCAGAGAGAGGCAGAGGGACGGACACACCGGAGGGGGAUUUACCGCCUGCUCACGGCCACAAGCCCCCGCUGACUGCAAUGUUAACGUUAUUAGCCGGCGAUUAGCACAAACCGGAUCAACUUUCCGCCCAACGGACGGGACUAUUUUACGCGUUUGCACCACACAAAAAAGGGCAAAAAGAGAAGGUGGUGGUGGUGGAGGAGGAGGAACAAGCUCAGAAGAAGAAAACACCAAGGCAGGCAGACAGGCUACUACCACGGGUGUUCAAACCUCUUCGUCUGAAAUCCCGGUUUUAGCCGUCCAGCCUCCAGGAUGUCGGAGCGCGGAGGGCUCCCGCGGACUGGGGGCGUCCCCUCGCCGCACAUGCAGCCCUCCAAGCCGGUCAGCAUCACCUCCAACCGGCCGGUCCACAUGAACCUGUACGCUACCUGGGAGGUGGACCGGUCCUCGCCCAGCUGCGUGCCGAGGCUCUUCAACCUGACUCUGAAGAAGCUCAUCAUGCUGAAGGAGCUGGACAAAGACCUCACCUCUGUGGUCAUCGCCGUCAAACUACAGGGCUCCAAGCGGAUCCUUCGCUCAAACGAGAUCCUGCUGUCCUCGGCGGGGCUGACGGAGACGGACCUGCAGCUCACCUUCUCCCUACAGUACCCCCACUUUCUGAAGAGGGACGCCAACAAGCUUCAGAUCAUGCUGCAGCGUCGUAAGCGCUACAAGAACCGCACCAUCCUGGGCUACAAGACCCUCGCCCUGGGACUCAUCAACAUGGCUGAGGUGAUGCAGCACCCCAGCGAGGGCGCUCAGGUCCUGGGCCUGCACAGCCAGCUGAAGGACGCCUCGGUGCCCGUCGCCGAGGUCCGAGUUUACUCUCUGUCCAGCCAGCCCAUCGACCACGAGGGCCCCAAGGCCAAGAUGUCGGAUCGUUCUCCAGACAUUGACAACUACUCUGAGGAAGAGGAGGAGAGCUACUCGUCAGAGCAGGAGGGCAGUGAUGACCCCAUCCAUGGACAGUAUCUGUAUGAUGAAGAGGAUGAGGUGAGGAAGAAGAAGCCGCGGCGUAAGCUCCCCUCCAACGCUGCCAUCACCAGACAACCCAACAUCAAGCAGAAGUUUGUCGCCCUGCUGAAAAGGUUUAAAGUGACCGAUGAGGUGGGUUUCGGGCUGGAGCACGUGUCCAGGGAGCAGAUCCAGGAGGUGGAGGAGGAUCUGGACGAGCUGUACGACAGCCUGGAGAUGUACAACCCCAGCGACAGCGGGCCCGAGAUGGAGGAGACGGACAGCAUCCUCAGCACGCCCAAGCCUAAGCUCAGGCCGUUCUUUGAAGGGAUGUCCCAGUCCAGUUCCCAGACGGAGAUCGGCAGUCUGAACAGUAAAGGCAGUCUGGGCCGAGACACAUUCAGCCCUCAGGGGGAGCAGCCUUCUUUAGGGAAGUUGAAACCCUCCCGUAGCCGCAACCUGGAGGAGGCCCUGUCUGAGACUGACACACUGGAGCUAACAGAUCAGGAGCUGUUUGCCGAGGUGGGCCCCUGCAUCACUGUAUCCGUGGCUGAGAAACCCCGUACACCCAUGAAGAGCAGCAAGAGCGAAUGCCAGACGAUGCCAUCUCCUCGGCUGGACGGCGGCCACACGCCCAGACAGAAGCGCAGCAGCACGCCCAUGAAGGAGAGGCAGCUGUCCAAACCUCUGAGCGAGAGGACCAACAGCUCCGACUCGGAGAGAUCCCCGGAGCUCGGCCACAGCACACCGGUCCUCAGGAAGGCAGUGUAUGACCAGCUGAACCAGAUCCUGCUGUCUGACUCUGCACUUCCCGAGAGCCUGAUCCUAGUCAACGGCACUGACUGGCAGGGGCAGUAUGUGGCGGAGCAGCUCCAGGUACAGAGACACCCGGUGGUGUGCACAUGUUCGGGAGCCGAGAUCCAGGCGGUGCUGUCUGCCGUGCUCACCCGUAUCCAGAAGUUCUGUAACUGUAACUCGUCCAUGCCCAGAGCAGUGAAGGUGGCGGCUGUGGGCAGCCAGAGCUACCUGGGUGCUAUCCUGCAGUUCUUCGUCACGCAGCUCGCCAACAAGACGUCCGAUUGGCUGAACCACAUGAGGUUCCUGGUUGUGCCUCUGGGCUCCCAUCCCGUUGCCAAGCACCUGGGCGCCCUUGACAACCGCUACAGUUCCUCUUUCCUGGACGGGGCGUGGAGAGAUGUGUUCAGCCGCUCAGAGCCGCCACAGACAGACCAGUUGGAUGUGGCGGGGAGAAUCGCUCAGUACAUCAGCGGAGCCACAGUCACGCACCAGCUGCCCAUCGCUGAGGCCAUGCUCACCUGCAAACACAGGACGCGAGAUGAAGACUCUUACCAGAAGUUCAUUCCAUUUAUUGGGGUGGUGAAGGUUGGCCUGAUCGAGUCUGGCCCUUCUUCAACAGGAGAUACAGAGGAGGCUGUGGCGGUGAGCCUGGCUGUCCCGUCCACGUCUCCCCCGUCCCACGGCUCCCCCACAGGGAUGAUCAAAGAGGCAGCUACUCCCCCCUCCUCCCCCUCCAUGGGCAGCGUCCUGACGGUGCAGGGGAGCCCCAGCAUGUCUCACGGCGUGGACGCCAUCGGCCUGCAGGUGGACUACUGGCUGGCCUCGCUGGCUGAGAAGAGGAGGGAGGGCGAGCGGCGCGACACGGGCUGCAAGAACACGCUGAAGAGCGCCUUCCGCUCCCUGCAGGUCAGCCGGCUGCCAGGCGGGGGCAGCAGCGAGCCGCAGGCCCAGGUCAGCACCAUGGCCAUGACCGUGGUCACCAAGGAGAAGAACAAGAAAGUGCCCACCAUCUUCCUGGGGAAGAAGCCCAAAGAGAAGGACGUGGACUCCAAGAGCCAGGUGAUUGAGGGCAUCAGCCGACUCAUCUGCUCCGCCAAGCAGCAGCAGACCAUCCUGAAAGUGUCCAUAGACGGCGUUGAGUGGAACGACGUUAAGUUCUUCCAGCUGGCCGCCCAGUGGCCGACUCACGUCAAAUACCUUCCUGUCGGACUUUUUGGCUACAGCAAGCCCCCCUCCUAGGGUUCAGCACCCUCCCACGCCUCUGACCCUGACCUGACCUUCGACUCUCCUCCUUCUCACCCGCCCGGCCCUGUCACGCCCGCACACACAGACCCCGCCUCCCCUCAGCGCCCGGCCCCGGCUCUGCCCAGCUAGAGCUGAGAGAAGCUGUUGAGCGGCUGGUCUUUUCUUUCGUUCCUUACUUUUAUUUUUUGCUACAGUAGUUCUUAUUUCACUUUUGGGAUGGAGGGAGGGAGAGGAGGAGGGUGGUGUUGGGGUGCAGCGCUAUUACUAGUCACUUUAACGCCCCUUUCCAGUGUGUGAUUGUGGUUGUGUGUGUGUGGUGAGUGUGCAUGCACACGUGAAUGUAAUGUAUGUGUGUGUUUACCAGGGGCUUACAGCACAAGUUCAUUAGCUAACUGCCAUUUACCGUUUCAUUCUCUGAAAUGCAAUAGCAUGCAACAGCUGACAGAUGUGGACCCCUAAACUCUGACCUCGUACGUUUUGACCCCUGACCCUCGAAGGUGUCUCGCCUCAAACCAACACCCGAUCCACACAUGCAUGCUCCAAACUAACAAAUACACCGCUCAUGUGCCGGAAAACAGUAACUACAAGUUAAGAAGUAACACAACAGGGCUUCGGUGUUUGCAUGAGCCAGUGAAAACACAGAGAGAACCUUGACGGCGCUCUCCUCUGCUAACAGCAAAAUGAAAGGCUAGCAUGUGAAGCAUACAGUAAAAACACCACGUCAGUUUUUCCUCCACUCGUGAAUAGAUUAUAGAUUAUCUGAUGCCCUUUGGAACACGCCCAUCUGUCCACUGACUUUGUCAUUUUUUUUUUUUUUCAUUUUAAGGGCUUCCAUUUAGUCUUAAAUACUUUUUCUGUACCAAAUUAACUUAUUUUUGUCUAAAUACAAGCUGUUCCUUUCAAAAAAGAAAAGAACCACAUGAAUAUUUAAAGCGGAAGAGUCUUUUACUAGUUUUAGUCUAAAUUGAGUACAGACUUCCCUUUAAACGCAAAUUGUGGUGCAUAAUCUACAUUUUUUUGCGAGGAAUUCAAGGAUUUCAGGGCAGGGGGCUUAGCUGCAAUUUUCUUUCUCAUCUUAUUUGCUAUGCACUUAUAAAUACACAUGGACCAUGCAGAGUGCAAGUUAGCUCAAUAGCAACAUCACUAUUUUUUUUUGGUCUCACAGUUUAAUAGACUGAAUAUGCAACAGCCGUCAUGACUCGCAUCACGAUGAAAGCUUAAAAAUAGAAAAUGCAUGUUUCGAUUCGGUUCACUAACAGUCAGAAACUCAGUGGUUUAAACGGGAAUCUGCAGGCGAGUGAGUCAGUGCACUGCUGGCAUGUGUUUCCUGCUUAAGCCCCGCCUCUCCAUGUGUAUCUAUACAGCAAAACUUGCCUCACACUAAAGCACAAUGUUGUAUGCCAGUUGCCAUCUCCCACAUCUGCCACCCGCACACCUUCUCAAUCGGCAACAAACUGGCAGCUUCGUCUUCAAUAACAGCGGCAGACUUGGGUCAAAAUAACCAAAAUUCACCAGGUUUCUUUGCUUUGAGCGUUUCCAUCUCUGCACAGACUAUUUUUUCAGUGCCAGUGAAAAAAGAAAACAAAACAAAACUACAGUAUUUGGAUUGAUCCCAGUUCCUAUUUUGGCGCCAGGUCUGCUACCUACUUUAUCUAGGAUGUUGUGAGGUGCUUAGUGAGUGUACAGUAACUGGUGACAAGUGUGUGUGUAUGUGGUUAACUAAAUGUACUGUGGUCGGAAACUUAAGAAAAAAAAAAACAAAACAAAAGAAAACAAAAGAAAAACGAAGAUAUCUAAAUAUGUGAGAAACAGUUUUCCUCUUUUUUCUACCACGUGACAGAGGGCAUGCAAUCGGUUCGUGUGUGUUGGCAGUGUGUGUUGACGAUGUGGUCAUUAUCGAUUCUCAUGCGUUCUCAGAUUUAGGGCUGCAAACGCCCGCAGCGGUCGCUCUGUUUACUCUGUAGCCCGGCACAAGGCCAACGCGUUUUACCGUCAUGAGCUAAAACCUCCAGUGGAAGUACGAAAUUGAAUUUUUAUCCAGAGAGGGAAGAAUGUAUCUGCACCAGUGCAUUAUAAUUAGCAUCUGUAUGCUCAGUGUUUUAAAUCGAGAGUGACAGCUCGUGUAGCUCUGCCUUGUGUCGCCUACAUAGUAACACCCUCCAUCACUACAGAGUGAAGUAUUAGGAAAAUAGUUUUUAUAGUAUUAAUGCCAUUGUCUUGAUUUAUGCUGUUAGACUAUCUUUUGUUUGUUUGACGAAUAGACUAUAGAUUAGGAAGUUUUCUCCUCUGUGUAGAUAUUACAGUGUUACAGUUGUGAUGUCAGCGAUUUGUCUCGAAUCUGGCUAAUUCUUCUGUUUUGACAGCACCUGUUACACAAGGUUUUGCAUCGAGGGGGGGGUCCAGACUCACUCAGAGCUCUUUGUUUGUUCACUCUGUGGUAUAUUAUCAUGUUGACAGCCUGGUCUGGGGCACCGCGAGACAUGUUAAUCCUCUGAGAAGGAAAAACAGGAAGAAACAAGCGGCACAAUAUUGAAUUUAAUCAGCUGAUAUUUGAUAUUUGCCCGCUGUCACUGCAACAGGGAUAGUUAUUCUCCUCAAAUUUGAUUAAAAACGUACUUUAAUCCAGCGGUCGAAACGACAUCACCAGUUUACAGAGUGAACUUGGAUACUUUGUACGACGUUUUUGUGUAAGCAAACCAAAUUAUGGCUGUUGAACGCAGCUCUAAACAACCCACUGCAGGUGUUUUUCCCGCUUGUGUUGCUGACAAACCAGUCAAGGGCUCGACAGACAGACUGAUGGUCCUCACACAGGGGGCUUCAACUCUGAUCAACAACUUCUUAAAGAUUGUACGUGGUUAUAUGGGUUUUAUGGUAACUUAAGAAUAGCGAGCGCCGCUGACGUUCUGUAGUUUGAAGUAAAGGUUGUCUAAAUCCAAGCUGGAAUCUGUGAAGGGUGUCGUUCCAAAAUGAGGACAUGACAAAAAAUAAUUGGUCUGUGUUUUUAAAUACUGACUGAUGAAUUUUCAAGAGAGCAUUUUGGAAUGAAACCCUUCAUAUUUUUUUAUUUUACCUCCACUUUUAACCUUAACCGUGGUGGAUUGAUGGCUGUAUCUGUUGUUGGGAGCAACCUUUACUGAUUUUGAUAAGUGUUCAUUGCUGAAAAUGCUGUUUGCCUUGUAGCAUUGUUAGCCUAUUUCUUGUAAUAAUGUGAUUCUAAAGUUUUCUUCAAUUCUGUAAUGUGAUAAUUUAUUGAUUCCUGUCGGGAGGUUACCUCCCUACUACACUAUUUGAACAAAAAAAAGAAAAAAAAGAAAAGAAAAAGAAAUCACUGCCAAAACUUAAAUAUUGCAGAUUUUUUGAUUAUAUCGCCCGAGAUGAAGAAAAGGUGUAAGAUAUAGUUGUUUAUGUGUUUAUGAUGUUUUAUUUUGGGGUGAUUACUGAAAACACAGCAACAGCAAACGGAUCCAUACUGCAAAGCCUACAUUUCAAUGUUUUGGAGAAACCGCACCCUUGGCCCACCGUAGCUGCAUACUCACUGUUUUGUUUUUUUGUUUUUGUUUUUUUUUUUCCCACAAUCCACAUUUUCCUCAGUGUUACCAUUUGUUUUUUUUUUUUUUCCUUCCCUUGUCUUUUAAAAUCCACCGGCCGUUCUAGUCUUGAGCUCGUUCCUGUGCGUUUUACCUGUACCUCUGUACCCGUGUCGACCCGUGUUUGUACCCGUGUGACAAUGGUUCCCCUGUGUCCUUGACUAGUCGUGAUGGAGAUUAGGAACUGUGUGGUCGAUCAAUAACCUUCUUUCAGUGAUCAGCAGUGUCUUUUCUCUCCGCCGUCCUCCGAAUAGCCUACAUUUCCUUUCUGACGAGAGAGUCUUCUUCACCAGGCUUCCACAAGCUUAGUUUUUUUUUUUUCCUCCAAAUUGUAAACUCAUUAGAAAAAGAUGGUCCCCGUUCCCUCACAGCGUGUAAAUCUGCAGCCUGUUCUCACAGGAAACGUGUUUUUUUUUUUGCAUAAGAAAGCAUUAGAUUUUCUGCCUGAUGCUGCUCAACUCGGAGCAGAGCAUCCUAAGCUUGUGGACUUGUGGAGAGUAUUUUGCACAUGCCAUUGUUUCUUCAGCAGCAGUCUUCAGCUUUUUUGCCUUUUGCCUAUAAUGAUAAUAAUUAUAAUAAACUAUGACGCUUGUACAUAUCAGAAUAGUACUUGUUAUACUGUAUUCUAGUUCUUGUUUUUUGUUUAUUUUAUUUUUUUGGUUUUGUUUCAUUUUUUUUUAUUUGACAUGUUUUGUAGUACUGCUUUUUCAUGAUUACGUUUGUCAAUCAAACAGAUGUGGGAUGAAAAGUGGAAAUGUUCAUUGUUUUGUUUGUUUUUUAAAAUAAAAAUAUUCCUGAUUUGUA